AAGAAACAUCUGCAUUGUCAAUUUUAGCGGAAGGAUUUCUUAUACAUAGAAGCAACUCUUGGCUGUGAAUGUGUAUUGAAGAGAUAUGUCAAGUAAUAGAGAAACAGAUUUACCACGUGCGACGUCGGUUAGAGACAAAAUUGAGGCAGUUGAAAGUAAAAUACAAAACGUAAAACAGGCUUCCUCUCAAUCAUUUGUUCGUGUUUUCCCCCAUAAAUCACCAACAGAAACCUCAACAACAUCCAGCGUGUCUUCACGAUUGACUGUUGUUGAUAAUGAUCUGUUUCCGAAAGAAACCACGCCCUCGACCUACACGGUUCCAAGCAAGACAGUGCAUAAACCUGAUGAAAUACAUCAUCAAGAUUGCUUUGAUGAAGCGAAGGAGUCAAAUAAAAGGGGAACUUUUAACCAGAAAUUGAACCAAGUGACAGAAUAUGCAACUACCAAAGUUCCAGAAAAAAAAACAUUGUACAGAUGGCCUCCUUCCCGCACUUCUCCCAGAAUAGGCAUCGAAAAAACCUCAUAUUAUGAUUAUCCUUCAGUACCAGGAAGGAUGAAAAGUAACCAUGAUUUUUUUUACACGAGGAACUUCAAAGGUAGCAGUCACACGAACAUGUUCGAAUUCCGUGACAGUGGCGCUUGCGGCAUGGAUUAUAGCGACAAUGACGAGGAGUUCACUAACGAAUCUUACUGGGAGAAAAAUAGUAAGGAAUAA